GCGGCCUUUUCAGGGGCGCUGCCCCUUUAAGAGCAGCCGCUGAUACGUCACGACGCACGACGUUCCCCUAAGGGAACGGAAGCCGCUUCACAACCGGGCGGAAGUAGGGAAAUGUGCGUUGCGUACCCGGAUGCGGAGACGGCUUCUGAUUGGCUGCUGAGAGCGAGGCGGCGGCCGGUGGGGAAGAACCCGGAAGUGCUGAGGGGAAGCGGCGGCGGCGACGCCAGCGUGCCCAUGCCCGGGGCGGGCAGCGCCAGCCUGGCUCCCGAGGAACACCCCAUGUCCGUGCCCGUGCCUGUCCCUGGCAUGGGCAGUGCCAGCCUGGCGCCCGAGGAGCGGCACACGGCCAUUCCCAGCGCGGGCAGUGCCAGCCUGGCCCCCGAGGAACACCGUGUGCCCGUCCCUGGCACGGGCAGUGCCAGCCUGGCCCCCGAGGAGCGCGUGCGGCGCCUGGUGCGGGCGGGCAGCAGCGUGCAGGUCAGCGAGGACGUGCCCCCGCGCCGCUAUUUCCGCUCGGGCGUGGAGAUGCUGCGCAUGGCAACCAUCUACUGCCAGGAGGGCAACCUGGAGCACGCCUUCAUCCUCUACCACAAGUACAUCACGCUCUUCAUCGAGAAGCUGCCGCAGCACCGCGACUACAAAAGCGCCGCCAUCCCCGAGAAGAGGGAGACGGUCAGAAAGCUGAAGGAAGUAGCCUUUCCCCGAGCCGAAGAGCUCAAGGAGGAGCUGCUAAAGAGGUACGCCAAGGACUAUGCUAAGUACAAGGAGCAGGAGCAGCAGCUGGAGGAGGAGAGGACUCGGGUGGCCCUGCUGAAGCAGCAGCAGGCAGAGCAGGAGCAGUUCCAGGCCUUCGAGGAGAUGAUCCGGCAGCAGGAGCUGGAGAAGGAGCGCCUGAGGAUCGUGCAGGAGUUUGGCAAACCAGAGCCAGAGCCUGGGGAUGGUCCCCUCAUCCCUGGCGUGGAGAAGCCCCCAACAGAUUUAACCCCAAAGCUGCCAGGCUCUGCAGUUCCCCCGGCAAGCCCAGCAGUGGGGACUGUGCCCUCCAAGCCUCCUGCUGUGGACAGAUCCUUGAAGCCCAGUGCUUUGGGGAGCACGGAGAACAGUGCAGGGGAGGACGUCCUGCGCCAGGUCAUUGUCCCCAGGGAGCUGUGCCACAAGUUCCUGCAGCUGGCUGACGCCAACACGGCGCGGGGCGUGGAGACCUGCGGCAUCCUCUGCGGGAAGCUGAUGAGGAACGAGUUCACCAUCACGCACGUCAUCGUGCCCAAGCAGCUGGGCGGCCCCGACUCCUGCACCACCGAGAGCGAGGAGGAGCUCUUCCUCAUCCAGGACCAGCACGGCCUCGUCACCCUGGGCUGGAUCCACACCCACCCCACGCAGACAGCCUUCCUCUCCAGCGUGGACCUGCACACCCACUGCUCCUACCAGAUGAUGCUGCCCGAGUCCAUCGCCAUCGUCUGCUCGCCCAAGUACCAGGAGACUGGGUUCUUCAGGCUGACGGAGCACGGCCUGGAGGAGAUCUCGUCCUGCCGGCAGAAGGGCUUCCACCCCCACCCCAGGGAGCCCCCCCUGUUCACAACCUGCAGCCACGUGUCGGUGGUGGAGAGGGACGUGGUGCUGCUGGAUCUCCGAUAAGCCUCCCCCUGCCCCCUCACAGGAGCCCCCCACCUUCCUGUAGGCCUUUGGAGGGAAUCUGGUUUCUCUCCCUGCCCUCCGUGGGGCUGCAGGCGUGGGGAGGAGCUCACAGACACUACAGCAGCCCUUUAACCCUGCCCCACAUCCUCGUGGGGAGCUUCCCCUGCCCCCCGAGCUGUGGGAACUCUCCGAGGGCUGGUGGGACUCCCCCCUGAGCCCUGCCCCGUUUUGUCCUGUCUCAGCUCCCAGGAGCUGAUAAAUCUUUUCCAUGGUUUAAA